UUUAGUUUUCUAAAUGGUAUCCCAAGUGCUUUGAUCUACUGCUCAUUAUAAGUAAACAAAAUACAUGCUAAUGCUGUGCACCAAAAAUGGCCGCCGAAAAGAAGAAACCCCCGCCGAAGAAGAAGGAGCCCGAGAAAAAGAAGAGCGGAGACCACAAAUCGAAAAAUAAGUCGAACUCCGAAAGAGAUGCCUUGCACUCCAGUCUCUUAAAGAUAUGCUAUGUUAUAGCCAUUUCCGAUUUGCUGCAUGCCUUGUAUUUCACCGUUCAGGCCAUGAUCCUUAUGGUCAAAAAGUUUAGCGUGUUUGCUAUGCUGGCGGUUCUGGGUGUCAUUUUCUGGGUUAUAAUUGUCAUUAUGUUGCUUGUUGGCCUAUGCAAGCGCAAGCCAGGUUUGGUAAGAUUUUGGCUUAUAUUUUCCCUAGCUGGAUUUAUAACCGAUAUAAUAUUCCUGCUAUGGGGCAUUGCGACUUCACUCACCGUGGAUUGGGACCGCCUUCAAGAGUUUUCCAUCAUUAUUCUUGGCAUAUUUAUUGAAAGUUCCUGCUUAUUUUUAAUACAUCGUUAUUAUAAAGUUAUGGGUGAGAAACCAAAUGAAAAAAGGACCUUAUGCUGUGGCGGAGGAAAUAAUGACAAGAAAAAUAAAAAUAAAAACAAUAAAAACUCAAAGAAGAAGAGCAAAAAAUGAAAUUAAAAUAAUUUAUAGUCUUAUAGAAAAUUGGCUAGGUUGGCCUCGUUUUUUCACUC